UUCUUUUAAAUGAAAUAUUUAAAGAAAUAAAAAAUAAAUUUGUUUAGUGCUGUUGCAUGUUUGCGGGAAAAGUGACAGAUUCCCGCGUUCACGCGAAACUCAUUGUUGUUAAAAAGUUAUAAAUAUAUAAAACACAUUUUAAUAAUCGUUAAUUAAAAUUUUUAUGUAACAAAAAAUAAUGAAGAAUAUUAUUAAAAAAUUGGAGCAGCGAUACACUGGUUUUGGUACAAAUUUAGACCAUGACAUCGCUAUCAGACGUUUAAUAUGUUAUUACUGUGAUGUCUAUCGUGGUGUCUCGGUAAAUCCUGACAGUCACCAAGACUUAACGCGAGACCCGUUCAUAUUUGCUUGCAAAUUUUCUACAAGCGCUGGUUGGGAAGACACACUGGCUUUGGCCUCUGAAGAUGGCAGAAUUGCGUUACAGGACACUACUGUUAAAUCAGAGGAACCCCACUUGUCAAUGGAAGGCACUACUGCGCACUAUAACGCAAUAUUUGACAUAAACUGGAUGCCAGGUGAAAUGAAGCUCAUAACAGCUUCAGGAGACCACUCGAUAAAAUUAUGGGAUUUAGACGAAGAAAAAAUUACAUUAGUAAACACUUUCAAUUGUCAUGACCGCUGCGUUAAAACAGCCGUGUUCCGGCCCGAAGACAAGUCAGUGUUCGUAUCUGGAGCCCGAGACGGAAACAUAUUUCUCUGGGACAUUCGCGCAAAGCACCCUCACGACCACCCGAAACCCGACAGCGGAAUUUACAACGCUCACGGUACUACCAAAGUACUGACAAGCCAUAGCAACAAUAGACCGCGGUGUCGUAGACGGUCGCUGAUAAGCGGUGAAAGAGCGCAAAGUAUUACAGGACUAGUCUUCCAAGAUGACGAUACUCUGAUAUCGUGCGGAGCCGGUGACGGUGUUAUCAAGGUCUGGGACAUGAGGAAGCACUACACGAUACACAAAAAGGAGCCACUUCCUAAGCACACCUUCAAAUACAAAGGCAAUAGCACGCAGUAUGGUUUCACAUCGCUGGCAAUUUGUCCGUCAAGACUGAUUCUCUACGUAAAUUGUAGAGAUAAUGUUAUUUAUUCAUACAAUUUAUCGUCUUAUAAUCAGAACCCGAUAGCCGAGUACUAUGGACACAGAAAUGAGUCGUAUUAUGUUAAAAGCUGCCUCAGUCCGGAUGGCAAGUAUCUCUUGAGUGGUUCGACGGAUGAGUUCGCGUAUAUUUGGAAGACAAGCAAGCCUGGUGGGCCGAUAUUCAAAUUGUGUGGCCACACUGAGGAAGUCACUUCAGUUGCUUGGAAGCCCUACGGUGAGCCGGUGAUCGCUACAGCUUGUGAUGACGGAUAUCACCGGAUUUGGAGGGUUGGUUUGGAGGAAAAAGGCGAGAAUGAUGAGAUUGAAGUACAAGGCCGUGCUGAACCGAUUACUUUUACUAUGCACCCUCAGCAAUCUAAGCUUGAAUCUACGCCGACGUUUUCAGGGCUCAAAAAAUCACAUCUUUUUUGUUCACCUGAUUCUGAUGUUGCUUACAAAAGUGAUACCGAUCACAGUACCGUAGAAUCACCGGACGUAGCGACACCCGGAAGUUCUGCCAAACGAAAAUACUCCCAAAUGUCCACGGAGAACAGCAAGUUCAAAACAAUAUUAUCACCGAUACGAGAGAACGAGCAGCCGUCCAAGCGAGCACACUUUGAGAACCGAGGCGCAAGGAGACUAUUUAGCCCGACAAAUUCUCAAGACGUGACUGGUCCAAAAAAUAAAUGCUUCGAGCCUCAACCGGGCACGUCGACUUCGCCAGAUAGGCCUAUUCUAUUCUCGCCGACGAUGAACUUGCCGAACUUCGCGAUCGACGGGACCGCGCCGCAUCUUAUUCACAGGUCGCCGAUAAAAAGCAAAGAGAACGUCGACUGGCUUACGAAAAUACGCUACGAAAGGUUCUUGUCGCAGAUUGAAAACAAUCCUGGUAAUGUUAACUCCAGUAGUGUAAAUAGUAGUAAUAAUAGUAGUAAUAAUAAUAGUAAUAAUAAUAAUAAUGCUGUUAAUAAUAAUAAUAAUAAUAAUAAUAAUAAUAAUAAUAAUAAUAAUAGUCAAGAAACAACGCCGGGGAGAAAAAAAGCGCGAUCGAGAUCAAGGUCUACAGAAACGAGGAUCAAAAGUCCCGCGGUUUCAUUGCUUAAAUUUUUUAAACGAGAAUCUUCCACCGAGAAAGAUACUGAACGAUAAUCAAAAGUAAUUUUAAUAAAUUAUAAUAAUAAAUAUUUGUUAAUUAUUGACUUUAAGUUUAAGGGAUAAAUGUGACGUUUUUGUUAUCGUUUUUAAUGGUAUUUUUCGUCUUUGGUGUUCAAUUGUUCAAUGAGUAUUUUUUCACUUAACUUUAUCGUCUAAAUUAUAAUUAAAAUUUGUCGUUAUUUUUUAGAAUA